GGUAGCGACUAACACAGGCGGGUGUAUCCGGCAUUGUGACAUAAUAACCCGAGUCCUGUGCUAGCCCGAGGAGACCUCGCGUAACUCGCUGACGUCACGUGUAUCAGAAUUCAGCAGUGUAACUGCACCUUUAGACAGAUGACGAUGUCGGGCUCAAUGAGCUUCCUGAAGACUGGCUCUCUUAUAUUCAACCUGCUCGUCUUUUUGGCAGGUGCGGCGUGUACGGCCCUAGGUGUCUACAUCCUGGUCUCUGACUAUGGACCGAGAGAGUUGUCUGGUGUCCUAGGAAACGAACUCUACCACAUUGCGGCGUAUGUGGCGAUUGCGGGAGGCGCCGCUAUCGCCAUCAUAUCGCUGUGUGGGUGUGUGGGCGCCACCAAAGAAAGCAAGAUUAUUCUAGCCCUUUACUCCGUCCUGAUGACCAUUGUGUUCAUUGUACUACUGACCACGGCGGUUCUCAUCUUCCUGUUUCUUGGACAGACGUCACAUCAGACGAGAGAGUCCAUGAAGACAGUGUUAGUGGAGAAGUACGGCGUGGACCAGGAGAACCCAGAAAACCGUGUCGUCACCGAAAUGUGGGACUUUCUACAAACUCAGUUGAAGUGCUGUGGAGUGUCGGGCGAUGCCAAUUCCACAGACUCGUGGGCAAUCUACAAAACAAAAUCAGAAUGGUACAGAAUACGAGAAUCCGGUGACCUGUUAGUCCCCAAGAGCUGCUGUAAUCCUAAUGGUGACGUCACAAUGUGUUCCCGGGCCUCGUCCUUUGACGGACCACCAAACGCCGACCCUCCGUAUAGCGCCCCCUACCGGAAGAACCCCCACAUGUACCACACGGGUUGUUAUGACGAAAUUGUACACUACAUCCAAGGACACGCCCUCAUGAUUGGAGGAAUCGCGAUCGCUGCCAUUGUUGUCAUGCUUUUCGGUGUCAUAUUUGGAGUGUGUUUAUGCCGGUCCAUCCGGAGCCGAGGAUACAGAUAUUGACCUUGUUGAAUAAUAGAUUUUAUAUGAGUUUACUUUUUGUAAUAAAAAGUUUGUUUUAAUAAAGGCUUUAUGGGGUUUUGUCUAGAUAUGCAGAUGUCACAGGUGCUACGUUUUGGAAAGGGUCGCUCGUGAAGUUAAUCUUGAUGAUUCAGCCAUUAUAAAGAGAAACACUGGUGUUUUCUCUCGGAUUUUUCUUUCUCAAGCUCGAGUGAGAGGAAAUUCGUGUAGAAUAUACGUAAUCGAGUUCAGGAGAAGCCCGGGUAAUUGAGAUUAAUUUAUAGUUCAAAGUCUUGAAAUUGAUAGAACUUGCGAAUGGGGCAUACACGUAAAAGAAUUUUUUGUAAGUGCCAUUCGUGUGUUCGAAACGUUUAUGUGACGAUCCAUGCAUACUAGCGCACUGUCAUAAAUGGCGUGUACUUAUUAAUGGCAAGGUUUUAGUCCUAUUGGUCGCAUUCUGAAGAUGAAAUCCUAUGGUCCAAGGGGGAUUUCAUGGAGAAAAUUACUAACUUUCGAACAUGGCAUUGUCAUUAGCAAAGCUAUUUCAUUUGUAAGACAAUGGUCCAAGAUAUUUCUUGGUAGAUUAUACGAGUAUGUAAAUAUAGCUUUUUUCUGACAGAGACAUUAAUUGUCGUCUGCUCGGGGCACGUGCGUUCAGUGCCGUAUCUGGGCAAGAAGCGCGCCUUCCUCUUGCCUCAUCCGACAUUGAACAAAUGAGGUUUCACACCCAUGGAAUAAUCAGUAAAUAAAUUCGAUAAGAAAAGUUUAUCCGACAAGAAGAAAGCGCUGUUAUUUAUCCAGUUGUACAGAAGAAAAUGUUAAAAUCAAUUAGAUCCCCGUCUUAAUGGCCACAUGCCUCACCUUUCGGGUUAUUCUAUAAACAGACGCACAUGGUCUUGUAUAUGAACGCAGCCCGUGUUUAUUUUAGCUAAUUCUUGAUCAACGGCUGUGAUUUAUCAAUAUCCAUAACUCAUUAUGAAUUCUUUUUCUUGUGUUAAACAAUUAUCUCGGAAUUGCUGGAGUUUCCCGCUCAAUAGACCCCUAGAGGCCCCCGCAAGAGGGACUGCACCAGCUCAUCUCGUUAUCUUGUCGGGUCAUUACAGAUGGUGGUAAAAACAAGUUGAACUGCCCUUAUAAACGUCCUUCAACGUUGUCUAUGUAAUAAAAGAGAUACUAUGUAAUACCUACUUUGAAGAACUAACUUGUAUGGGUUUUCAGAUAUACGUGGAUUAUUAAGUCAUAAAGGUACAAGGGCGCCCUCAAAAGUGCAUGGCUUAUUUGGUCAAUGGUCAAGUGCUCUAUUUAUAGUAACUAUGUGAAAUAAUCAAUAUUUG